GAUCGCGCUCCCCGCUGCUCGGCGGCCGCCGCUCCCGUUGCGGCGCUCGGUGCAGCCCGGCUCCGGUCCGUCGUUGCGCUCCGCAGCCGCGUGCUGGGGAUGGCGGCGCUGGAGCUGUUCUCGCACCCCGCGCUGCACACGCGGUACCGGGCCGGGCUGUGCUCCGCCGCCGCGCUGGCGCUGCUGCUGCUGGCCGCGCUCACCUACGUGCCGCCGCUGCUGGUGGCUUACCGGAGCCACGGUUUCUGGCUGAAGCAGAGCUCGUACCGAGAGCAGCCCGCGGUCCGCUUCCAGUACCAGCUGCUGUUCGUGGCCACCACCGGGCCGGGCCCGGGCAGCUUCCUGGCGUGGAGCACGUUCCCGGCGUUCAACCGGCUCCAGGAGGACCGGCUGCGCGUCCCGCUGCUGUUGGCGAGAGAAGAAGAUAAAAAUCAAGAUGGAAAAAUGGAUCAGUUGCAUUUUAAACUGGAGCUUCCACUUCAACCUACAGAGCACGUAGUUGGCAUUCAGCUGAUUUUGAUCUUUUCCUACCAGCUUUAUAGAAUGUCGACAUUUGUGAUGCAGAGCAUGGCUUUUCUUCAGUUUUUUUCUCCUGUCCCGGGGUCUCAGCUCUAUGCGAAUGGAGACCUGAAACUGAACCAGAGGCAAUUACUUAAGCACUGUGGGCUAGAUACCAGAUACAAUGUGUCUGUGGUGAAUGGCACAAGUCCUUUUGCAAGUGACUAUGAUCUAACAAAUAUCAUUGCAGCGUAUCGAGAGAGAAAUGUGACGACAGUAUUUUCAGACCCUAACCCCAUUUGGAUGACUGGAAGAGCAGCAAAUGCACCAUUUAUCAUUAAUGCCACUAUUCAUUACCCAGUGGAAGUUAUCCUAUAUCAGCCAGGAUUCUGGGAAAUGAUGAAAUUUGCCUGGAUCCAGUAUGUCAGCAUUCUCCUCAUCUUUCUUUGGGUGUUUGGUAGGAUUAAAAUGUUUGUGUUCCAGAAUCAGGUGUUUGCUACGACUCCAGUUGCACCAGUUCUGCCGUUGUCUCCAGUAUUGUCCUACAAACAGCAUCAGUCCUGGUUAUCUAGCACGCUUUGUGCUUCUGAAACUUAUGCAGUUGUGAACUGUAAAUUGUUCUAUCUGUACCUGCAGCGCUCCGGGCGGAUCCCGGCUCCUUCGUCGCCCUCACGCCUGAGUCCCGCACCGCGGGGAGGCCGCGGCCCCGCCGAGUCGGUACAGCGCGGGGCGGGGCGGGCUGCCGGCCUGCCCUCGUCGGGACGCUCCUCUCCCGGGGAUGCUGCGGAGUCGGGGCGGAUCGGCCCCUUCCCGGGCUCCUCCCGCUGCCGCCGCAUUUCGGCCACGUCUGAAAGCGGCUCAUUGUCUGCGGGGAGCUCGGCUCCGCGGCGGUGCCGGGAGGCGGCGGGGCGGGGAGCUUUUUUUAAUUGCCCAGUGAGAAUGGCAAGGAUUCGGAUUUCCAGCACAAUAAUUACCCUUCUUGUUAUGGUCCAGGCUGGACUGCUGCUCUUCAUGUAUGCCCGGUACAAUAGCUUCACACCUCAUUCAGAGAAGUCAUCUCAAGUCCACAUCCUCAUUCUCUCCUCCUGGAGGUCGGGAUCUUCUUUUGUUGGCCAGCUUUUCAGCCAGCACCCCAGUGUCUUCUACCUGAUGGAGCCUGCGUGGCACGUAUGGGUUACCAUGUACCAGAACAGUGCCAAAGUCUUGCACAUGGCAGUGCGGGACCUGGUCAGGUCAGUCUUUCUCUGUGACAUGUCUGUUUUUGAUGCCUACAUGCCUUGGAAAAGAAACUUAUCUGAUCUUUUCCAGUGGGCAGUGAGUCGGGCUCUGUGUUCAGCUCCUGCUUGUGACUCCUUCCAGCGUACUGACAUAACCAGUGAAAUGGCAUGCAAAACUCUUUGUGGGCGGUACCCAUUCAGCAAGGUGGAAGAAGCCUGUAAAACCUACAGCCACGUUGUAAUCAAGGAGGUCCGCUUCUUUGACCUGAAGGUCCUGUACCCGCUUCUCACUGAUCCGUCCCUGAACCUAAAAAUAAUUCACUUGGUCCGUGACCCCAGGGCAGUUGUCAAGUCCCGAGAACAAUCAGUCAAAGCAUUAGCCCGUGACAAUGGAAUUGUUCUGAGCACCAAUGGCACUAAAGUGGAAGACAGCAAAUACAAAGUAAUGCAAGAGAUUUGUAGAAGUCAUGUUCAGAUUUAUGAAACAGCGACUCUAAAGCCACCUGGCUUCCUUAAAGAUCGCUACCUGAUGAUCCGUUUUGAAGAUCUGGUAAGAGACCCGUUGGCAGAAAUCUCAGAGAUGUAUAAAUUUGCAGAUCUCAGUUUGACCCCCAACCUCAAAAGCUGGGUCUACAACAUCACACAUGGACAGGGACCAGGAAAGAAGAAAGAAGCCUUUAAAAUCACAUCUCGAGAUGCAGUUAAUGUUUCCCAGGCCUGGAGAAAUGUUCUUUCAUUCCAGAAAAUUAAAAAAAUACAGGAAGUCUGCAAAGGUGCGAUCAACAUGCUGGGCUAUCAGCUCGUGGAUUCAGAACGAGAACAGAGAGAUCUCUCACUGGAUUUAGUGCUGCCAAGAAGACAAAACCAGUUCAGUUGGUCAUCGUUUAAUCCAAAGAACUAAGCAAUUACUUUGAGAGGUGAGGGAGGGAAAAAGGCAGAGAGUAGCAAUCUGUUGUGCAGUGUAUGGGCAGUUGGAAAGUUCUUGGUUAAUGAGUUGAAUUAAUUUGCUGGUUCACAAAGUAAGGAAAGCCUUUUUUUUUUUUUUUUUUUUU